CUGCACAUUUCGCUGUUUAGUAGCACAUUUUGCUGUUUAGUAGGACCCUAUAAUUUCCUAGCAAAACAGUCACUGCGGCGGACGAAGGUGCCAGUCCUAUCCCCGCCAAACGUGAGAAACAAACGUGAUACACUGAUAGUAAGUUUUCAGUGAAAUAAAAUAUCUUAGAGGAGCAGAGCUGCUGCUGCUAUCAGAGGCAUCUCGUGACAAGCAUUAUGGUCGUUCUAACAACGUUCCCACCUCCAAGCGACGGAAUCGUUCGACAGGAAGACAGCUGUCAAGCUUACAUAGGCAACAAACAUUUGGGGGCAGGCACACUUUACAUUGCUGAAAGUUGUCUAUCAUGGGUGGGUGAAGAUUCACGAGGAUUCUCAUUGGAGUAUCCAGAUAUCUCUCUUCAUGCUGUUUCCAAGGACGUGUCAUAUUUUCCACACGAGUGUCUGUACCUGUUGGUUAAUGGCAGCUUAGAAGACAAAGAAGAAGGUAUGGGGGACGAUGAUUCCACUGAAGAGGAUGAUGGUGAAGAUGAUGAGAAAACUACCGAUGUUCGGUUUGUACCUGCAGACAAACAGUAUUUGGAGCUGAUGUUUGCAGCGAUGUCCGAUUGUCAAGUGCUGCAUCCAGAUGAGGAUGACAGCAACUCAGAAGAUGACAUUGGCGUGGAAUCGUCGGUUGCCGGACAGGAGGGUGACGUCGUGCUCACACAGCAAGGCCAGGCAACGUUACAACGAUUAGAGGCGAUGCUACAGGCUGGACAACAGGGGAAUGGGAAUGUAGAGAAUAUGGACACAGACGGACAGUUUGAUGAUGCUGAUCAGCCAGAUCACUGAAGCACAUUCUUCCUUCCAUUCCUGCAUUAAGUGUCAUAGAUAAGUGUGUACAGACACACAGUUGGCGGAUGCGCAUGAUGUUGCUCUCCUCAAUCCUUCAUGAAAACUUCAACUGAUUCGCGAGAUUAAAACAUGAAGAAAUGGGGAAGUCAGAUCGGACUCAACGAACACUUUGUGAAGUGGAUACGUAGGGAAAGAAACUGGGCCCUGUGCUCAACUGAAGAGCUGAUCUCAAAUUCACUGUUAUCGACUGGUGUCAGUUAUCGUAUGGCAGAGGCAUGAACGCUCCACGGAUGGAUUCCUAUUCACAGAUGUAAACAUAAUUAGCUAAACUUGAAAAAAUGAGUGACUUUUUAUGCAUAACGCAAUAGUGUGGGGAAACAACAGUUUAUAAAGGUUCAGCCCAUCAAUUCAUAUCAAUUUGCUCAACGUGCUUUUACAGCAGUUCACUGAUCCACCGAUAAAGGAAGCCGAUUAUGAGUAGCAGAAACCAAUCGUGUUCAUUUGACAUUGUAAUCCAGUGUACUUGUAUAGUGUCAACGUUCUAAAAAAACGACGUGUAAUUGUCAUAAUAAUUUUAAGAUUUCACUGCAUUUUCACUCGAUAUGUAUUAAUGAAAUGUAAAGCACAGAAUACCAAAUGCCAGUCUGCUCAAUAUGAAUUUAUUAUAUAAACAUGUUUUGCAGCAUGA